AUCUAGAUAAAUGACCCAGGCUCUCUCAGAGCCAUUAUUGCCCUCAGAAGCUGAUGGAACUGUGAUUUGGUCCAGUGGACUUUCAAUAAAGAUACUUUCUUGCCAGAUUCUGAGACAACCUCACUAUGAAGACCCCUGAAGGUGUUAUUUAUGGAGCAGCAAGAAAUACCCCACAGCUUGGAAAGAUCUCCGAUUUGGAUCAGCAGGUGUGGAUCCUUCGGGGUCAGUCCCUGGUGACAGUUCCACGGAGUAAUAGUGUGGUGCCAGUCACUGUCACUGUUCUUGCAUGCAAAUAUCCAGAGACCCUUGAGAAAGACAAAGGAACUCCCAUUUAUCUAGGAGUCCAGGAUCCAGAUAUGUGUUUGUGUUGUGAGGACGUCGAAGGACAACCCACACUGUUGCUGAAGGAAGAGAAGAUUUUGGAUCUGUACCACCAACCUGAGCCUGUGAAACCCUUCCUCUUCUACCGCUACCACUCUGGGACAACCUCCACCUUUGAGUCUGUGGCCUUUCCUGGCUGGUUCAUUGCCUCUUCCAAGAAAGAUGAGCCCAUCUUCCUCACUGCAGACCGGGGGCAGUCAUAUAACAUAAACUUCAAUUUACAUAUAGAAGCUUGAACUCAGUUUGGAGAUGGUAGUUUGGUCCUUAAGUUUUCAAAGUCCCAGGAUGUUUUCAUCUGUAUGACCUCACUGCCAUUUUCACACCAGCGCUGAGAGAUGAGUAGGUUGCUGUCACCAUUUUGUGUUCUGGAUGAAGAAAUAAUGGCUUUGUGGCCACUGAAGGCAGGAUGUGGACUCAGACCAGGGCUGGAGUGAGGUGUGGGUCUCCCCUCUAGCAGCCCACAGGACAUCAUGCAUGAGAAAUGGUGCCCUGUGCUGUGGUGAAUAAACUAUGGAAGGCCAUGUGAAUAGUGACACCUUUAUUUUCAGGUGAUUGGUCUUGUCCAUAACUGGAUUAUACACACUCAGUAUACUGAAUAUUCUUGCAUUUGAUUGAUGUGAAAUCCAGGCUGACAUUUGCUGAAAAUAUGGUUCCUUUGGAUCUUUAGAUGCUGGGCACCACAUAGGGCUAAUUCUACUAGGACAGGGACUUUUGGAUUCUGGGAGGAACUACUAGUUUUAGAAUGACUGAAGUGGAAUGUCUGCUUCUGGAAGCUGGACCUGAAGACACUACCUGUUAACCCGUGGAUGACUGGGCAUGGGGCUAGAGACACUGCUUUUCCCCUACCCUCAGAGAUCAAAGAGCAAGGAUUGUAGUUAAAAAUAUAUGGCAAUAAAAUAUUAACUUUUGUUGCUUAGAUUUUUAAAAGAAUCUUUAAUAUUCUUGACAAAAUAGGGCAUGCUUAUGUUUAAAAGCACUCUUUCUUGUCUUAAUCUUAUUUUUUUCCAUGAGACGGCUUCUCUGUUUUGGCCUUUUUUCCUCCCAUUUUCCUCCAUAUGUGUCUAGGUAUGAGGUUUUGCUUUCAUUUCACAAAUUACCAAUCUUAGAUAUUGUUUUCUUCUACCAAAUAGAUGCCAUUUGCAUCUCCAUUGAACAAAAGUUAUACUGAUGUUUGUCUGUUUUCUGAAAAUUAAUAAUAGGCUCAGAGUCAAGCAAAAGGAUUACCCAUAGGAGGUAAUUGUCUGGUAAACAGUGUUCUAAGAUGAUCUUUAACCUGCUUUACAGGAUUUGGAUACUUUUAAUUAAUGUCAUCUCCUCUUUCCACCUUUUUGUUUUGUGUGAGAGGAAAGAGAGGUACUGAAGUGGACAAGACAUUCUGAGGGUGGCACUAACAUUUAAUAGUAGAACUGGAAAUAGUGGCACUCUUGAUUUUUGGUCUUUAAAUUUCUAUCUGUUGGAUGUCAUGGAACACCGCAUGAGAAAUCAACAACACUCUCCUGAGCAAGACAGUCUAGCGAGUCACCACCAUCUCACUUCCAUCACUGGGGCUGACCUUAUUUUGUGGGGAGUCAGCAGAUGAUCCACCCAGGGUGGAAUACCUCUGGCCACCCAACCACCAUUGUGUAAUGACAUCAGUGCUGAAAUGCAUUUAUUGCAUACAGUGAUUCUCAAAUUUGAAAUAUCAGAAUCACCUGGGGUGUGCACUAAAAUCCCAGGGACUCCACACCUAGUAAAUUAAAUCAUCCUCUCUUAGAAAUUGCAACCUGUUAGGUUUAGGAUGGGGCUUAAUAAUCAAUAUUUUGCCAAGGAUCCUAGAGAAUACUGAUGGAUGAACCAAACAUGGGAAAUAAAAGAACUCAGAUUAAUUAUACUUGGGGUGAUCUGUGUGCUUCUACAGAAAUAAGGGAAUGUUGGGCCAGAGAUAUAGCUCAGUGGUACAGCAUCUUGCUUGGCAAGCACGAGGUCCUGAGUUCAAUUCCUGGUCCCCAAAAAAUAGUUUAAAAAAAAGAAAUAAGAGGAUGUUAGUAAAUGUAUAUACUUUUUGCUUAUUAUUGUUGGUUUGAGAUUUACUUCUCUAAGGUAUUUCUCUGUUGAAUGAUUUGUAUAAAAAGUAUUCAAGCCUUCAAAUAUAAUUUCAUAACAUUCCAAGGUUAGAAAGAACUCAAGUUUCCAUCAAUUGGUGAAUAGAUACAUUGUCAUGUGUAUUUGAUACUAUUAACUGAUACAAAGAAAUUAGCUACUGAUAGAGAUGAAACAAGAUGAAUAUUAAAUAUUUCUGAUCGAUUGUGCAUGCUUGUGUCUGGUGGUCUGAGCAACCGAUUUGAAGGUAAUGGAAUAUGCAAUGGAAUUACAAUGGUGAACUCCUAAAAAUAAAAAAUAUUAAAAAUGUCAUUGAGGAUCCCAGACAUAAAAGGUACAUAUUGUAUGAGUGCAUUUAUAAGACGUUCAAGAAUAGGCAAAAAUAAUCUUUGAUGAUAGGAAUCAAAACAGUGGUUGCUUUGGCAAGGAAAGAACAAACAUUUUUAAAAGCUACCAUAGAGCUAAAAUGGGUGGCAUUCAAAGGAUCAAAAACCCGCAAUGGCUUUCCACUCUGUACAGCAGCAUAAUAAGCCAGAAAUCAUUGACAUAACGCUUUCCACUUUGUGAAGUAAAAGGAUUCCCACCGUAGAAUCCAUAUCCAGACAAUGUAUUAAUUAUGAGUAAAAUAAACCAUUUUCAAAGGA